CCAGCCAGAUCCCCGGGAGCUGAGUUGCAAGAAAGCACAACAACAACAGCAGCAACAACAACAAACCAGGUUGAGGACAGAAAGGAAAGGGACCUAGCAGCAACCUCUAAUGCUCAAAGAAACCUCAGCAGGCAAAUGCGUCCAGGAUCCGCAGCAGGGAAGGAACAGGCGAUCUCCGACCACUCGGAGGACGUGGAACACCACCAACAGGAACUUUAAGGGGAUUGAAAUCUGUUGCCUGUUCCACUAGGAAUACUGUUUGCAAGGCGCAAGGUGUCUUUUUUGGUAGUGAGCCCCGCGUGCGCAUGCGCAGGUCCAUUCGGGGAUUACUGCCCUGCCGCCGACUAAGUUGCAUUCCUUGAAUCUUCGCAGAAAAGACCAUUCUUGGAUCAGAGUUAGUAAUGUGGACAGCACACAGCCGAGAGAGUCUGGGGCUCCUCUCUUUCCCUGUGAUGAUUGCCAUGGUCUGUUGUGCACACAGCGCCAACGAGCCCAGCAACAUGUCCUACGUGAAAGAGACGGUGGACAGACUGCUCAAGGGAUACGACAUCCGCUUGCGGCCGGACUUCGGAGGGCCCCCUGUGGACGUGGGCAUGCGGAUCGAUGUCGCCAGCAUAGACAUGGUCUCCGAAGUGAACAUGGAUUAUACACUCACCAUGUAUUUCCAGCAGUCUUGGAAAGACAAAAGGCUUUCUUAUUCUGGAAUCCCGCUAAACCUCACAUUAGACAACAGGGUAGCUGACCAACUCUGGGUGCCAGACACCUACUUUCUGAAUGACAAGAAAUCAUUUGUGCAUGGAGUUACAGUGAAAAAUCGAAUGAUCCGACUUCAUCCUGAUGGAACAGUUCUCUAUGGACUCCGGAUCACAACCACAGCUGCAUGUAUGAUGGAUCUACGUAGAUAUCCUCUGGAUGAACAGAACUGCACUCUGGAGAUUGAAAGUUAUGGCUAUACCACGGAUGACAUUGAGUUUUACUGGAAUGGAGGAGAGGGAGCAGUAACUGGAGUCAAUAAAAUAGAGCUUCCUCAGUUUUCAAUUGUCGACUACAAGAUGGUAUCCAAGAAAGUGGAGUUCACAACUGGAAUCACCACUGUGCUGACAAUGACAACCAUCAGCACUCACCUCAGGGAGACCUUGCCAAAGAUCCCGUAUGUCAAAGCGAUUGAUAUUUACCUGAUGGGUUGCUUUGUGUUUGUGUUCCUGGCUCUGCUGGAAUAUGCCUUUGUAAAUUACAUCUUCUUUGGAAAAGGCCCUCAGAAAAAGGGAGCUAGCAAACAAGACCAGAGCGCCAAUGAAAAGAACAAACUGGAGAUGAAUAAAGUUCAGGUGGACGCGCACGGCAACAUCCUGCUGAGCGCCCUGGAGCUGCGGACCGAGGCGAGCGGCUCCGAGGUGCUGACGGGCGCCAGCGAGCCCCAGGCGGCCGGCGUGUUCGCCUUCGACAGCGCCAGCGUCCAGUUCCGCCGGCCGCUCAGCAGCCGCGACGCCUACGGCCGCGCCCCCGACCGGCUGGGCGCGCACGGCAAGGGCCGCAUCCGGCGGCGGGCGUCGCAGCUCAAGGUCAAGAUCCCCGACCUGACGGACGUGAACUCCAUAGACAAGUGGUCCCGAAUGUUCUUCCCCAUCACCUUCUCCCUCUUUAACGUCGUCUACUGGCUUUACUAUGUCCACUGAGGGGCGGCCCGGCGGCCCGGGUCACGCGCGCCCGCGCCUUGCCCCGACCCACGGCCGCCGCCGCCGCCGCGCCGCUGCCUCCCGAGGUAAGACGUUCGGCCGCCCGCCCGGGUGAGGUCUCGCUGUCCAUUGUGUCCCCGCACCACGUGUACUUCCGGCAACAAGACGCGCGCACGCACACGCACACACGCACGCACGCACACGCACACUCCGUGUUUCCCCGUCUGCCGCGGUCCGGCCCGGCGCCCGUAGAGCCGUCGCCGCCAUGUCCCCGCCGACCCGGGCGCCGCGGGACAGCCGAGGCGCGCACCCCUGGGCCGCCCUUCCCAC